GGGGCGUGUGGCUUUUUUCCUUUCUCGCCCGCAGAAAGCGAGCGAGCGUUUCCGAGUGCGAGCGGCGCCACUUGCCCCAGUUUUCAUGCGAGGUUUUGGGUCAUGAUCACAUCGCCCUCGCUUUCUGCUAUAAGAAGUAGUAAGCGCAGCAGCAGCCUCAGCGAGCCCGGAGGCAGCCCCCGCCGCAGCCGCAGCGCCGCCGACCUCGCCGGGCCGAACGGGCACGCUGGGAAUAACGGCAGCAGCGCCGCCGCCAAGCCCUGCUUCCACGCCGUCCCCCCCUCGGACCCGCUACGCCAAGCCAACCGCCUUCCCAUCAAAGUCCUGAAAAUGCUCACGGCGCGGACUGGACACAUUUUACACCCUGAAUACCUGCAGCCUUUACCCUCCACGCCCGUCAGCCCCAUCGAGCUGGAUGCAAAGAAGAGCCCCCUGGCCCUUUUGGCACAAACUUGCUCGCAGAUAGGGAAGCCGGACCCGUCCCCUUCCUCCAAACUCUCCUCGGUCACCUCCAAUGGCUCCGGAGGCGACAAGGACUCCAAGUCGGGCCCCUUGAAGCUCAGCGACAUCGGCGUGGAGGACAAAUCGAGCUUCAAGCCGUACUCCAAGCCGGGCGCGGAGAAGAAGGAGCCGGGGGCGGCGGGCUGCGCGGGCGCCCCCGCCGCGGGGGUCGCGGCCGGGGAGAAGUCGGGAUUCCGGGUGCCGAGCGCCACCUGCCAGCCGUUCACCCCAAGGACAGGCAGCCCCAACUCCAGCGCCUCCGCCUGCUCGCCCGGGCUGCUGCCGGCCGAGGGAAAAGGCGGGGAGGACAAAAAGGACUCGGAGGGCUGCGGAAAGAGCGGCAGCUCCGGCUCGGAGGGAGGCCCGGGUACCACCAGCAUCAGCCACAGCCGGAUUAGCGUGAGCUGUGCCGGGAUUAACGUGGAGGUCAACCAGCACCAGGAGAGCACGCCGGGCUCCAAGCCCAUCUCAUCGGACUCCGCCUCCUCCUGCAGCAGCACCACCGCCACCUCCUCCACCUCCGUUCUGGGCUCCGGCCUCGUGGCCCCCGUCUCCCCUUACAAGCCGGGCCAGACCGUUUUCCCUUUGCCCCCGGCGGGCAUGAGCUACCCGGGGACGCUGGCUGGAGCCUACGCCGGCUACCCGCCGCAGUUCCUGCCGCACGGAGUAGCUCUGGACCCCACCAAAUCCUCCAGCCUGGUGGGGGCCCAGCUGGCCGCCGCCAGCAGCCUGGGCUGCAGCAAGCCGGCGGGGUCGAGCCCGCUGGCGGGCGCGUCGCCGCCGUCGGUGAUGACGGCGAGCCUGUGCCGAGACCCGUACUGCCUGAGCUACCACUGCGCCAGCCACCUGGCCGGCGCCGCCGGAGCCUCCUGCGCCCACGACCAAGCCCUCAAGUCCGGAUACCCCCUCGUCUACCCCACCCACCCUUUGCACAGCGUCCACUCCUCGCUGACCGGCGCCACGCCGCCUUCGCUAGCCGGCCACCCUUUGUACCCCUACGGCUUCAUGCUCCCCAAUGACCCCCAGCCACACAUCUGCAACUGGGUGUCGGCCAACGGACCCUGCGACAAGCGCUUUGCCACCUCGGAGGAGCUGCUUAGCCACUUGCGGACCCAUACUGCCUUCCCGGGCACCGAUAAACUCCUCUCCAGCUACCCCAGCUCCUCGUCGCUGGCCAGCGCGGCGGCCGCAGCCAUGGCGUGCCACAUGCACAUCCCCACGACGGGCGCCCCGGGCAGCCCAGGCACGCUGGCCUUGCGCAGCCCGCACCACGCUCUGGGACUCGGCAGCCGCUACCACCCCUACUCCAAGAGCCCCCUGCCCACCCCCGGGGCGCCCGUGCCCGUGCCCGCUGCCACCGGACCCUACUACUCCCCUUACGCACUCUAUGGGCAGAGACUCACCACAGCCUCGGCCCUGGGGUACCAGUGAGUGCAGGCAGCGGGGCUUUGACACACUACACAAAGUCUAGCGGUAAGGGAAGGAAGCCCUGCAAAACUUUAUAAAAGUUGGCAAGAAAAAAAAAUCUGACUUUUUAUAAAAUAGUGUUCAUUUGAGGACUGGAUCCAUGAGCACUGUAUUUAUUUAUGUUAGCUUCAAGCGGGACAACGAAUCAUAAAGUGCAUUACUAAACUGAGCUCAAUAGGUAAAAGUGGAACACCCAUUGUAGAAUAUAAAUAAAAAGAUAGAGGUCUUCUCUUUAAUGUUACUUUAAAAUUGCUAUGAUUGUAUUGUACGUUCUUAUUUAAUGUCUCAUUGAAACAAAAAAAUUUACAUGCAUGUUUGUUACUAAAAAACAACUCGCAAUUUGUCAGUUAUAAUUUCAAAUUGCAAUUAUUUUUAAGGUGUAUACCCUUGAAAGAGAAUUGGUAUUUUUUUGUAUGUAUUCUGGAAGAAAAAACAAAAACAAUUCUAUUCCAAAAA